GUGAGAGCUGGAAAGGAGGGGGAGUAGUUUCACUUUGACAGAAAAUAUCAUGCAACAGUUAUUUCGUGAGAACGUUCGAAACAAAUGAAAGUUCUUGUUACGAAAGGCAGACAACUGUUAACGACAGUCGGUCGAUUAGGGUACACACAAAGGUUGUAGGACAAAUUUUACCUAGGGCUGUGAAAUCGAUAAUUUCUUCAGUGCCCAUCCUUUGUUUUAAAUCGUGAUAGAACCGUAUUCCUCGGAUAACUUGACAAACUGAUGUAUCAGUUUGAUAACACGAUUAUAUAAACGACAAGAUCAAAGUGCUACACCGAUGAAUCACGGAAAAUAUUGUGUUUCUAAUCUAACCUCUAAUCUAAUCUAAUCUAACCUCUUGCGUCGUGUACGCGAUAAACAUUAGAUUUUUCCCAGGACGUUGAUAUGUGAUGAACAGGGUGAAUUGUACAGCAUUUUUCUCGUCAAAUCAGAUUAUGAUACUUUAUUUCUCGACAUUAAAAAGCUUGCAUGACAAUCUCGAUUGGUUGUCGGAAAGAAAUCGAAUAACGGAGUAACGCUGAAUGAUCGGCGAAGAAUCGCUUCGAGUGUUUGCACGUCUUCGAUAAUGAUUCAGCAAAUCCGGACCUUAGAACAGCUUACUCGACAUUUUGCAUCGUGUUCCGGAUACCUAAGACAAAGAUAUUCGUUACACUACUAACAAGGGAAGAAUCCCAAGGCUUGAUUGAUUUCGAUAAAUAUUUCUGAGACGACGUGGUAUGUGGAUCUCUAACUAUGUAUGGAAAAUUAGGUGUAGAUAUUCGAUAAUUCAAAAGAUACAAACAUUUGAACUUUUAUACCUCUUUGACAUACCAUGACGGUUAACACGAUUCCUCGAAAUUCCAAUGGCGGAGUAAGCUAGCUGCGUGAUUUCUACGCAAAAGUCCUAGGAUUCUUUUUCUUCUCUUUUAUGUUUAUCGGAAUUUCCUUUGGGAUCCUUCCCUUGCGAGCGCUCAACGAUCAGCACUGUCCAAGAAUACGAAGCGACCACGCGGACGAUAGUUGCGUCGAAGGAUAAACGCCCGCGAUUCGUUCAAUCGAGUCCGUGCAUCGAGACACGACAGCGUUGCGCAACCAAGUGAUUUACAAGAGUAAACGAUUUAGAAAAGCGUGUCCCACUUUUCAUUGCAAAACUCGGACGAUCUUGAACUCUAUCGUUCGGUAAUGCAGCUCGCGGUCACUUGCCAGAUCGGAGAAUAAUAAACGUUCGGGUGUUCGACGGCGAGACGACACCUUUUCUAGGCUUCGUACAAAAUUAGUUGUUUGCACGAAUAAGCGAGACUCGGCGAGCGCCGCAAAUGAGGUUAACAAUUGCAACACGCCGUGAACCGGAUGCCAGGUACGCGCUUCUCCUCUCCACGGGUUAGACGACAAGCGAAUCGAUGUUUCGCUGGACAAUCUUCCUAUUGUCUCCGAUCAUCGGAAUACCAACGUGUCGAAUCGUUUCAACGAAUUACAGGAUAGCUCCGAAGCAGCUUCCGAUCGAAUCCAACCGCACGUUAGCGUGAGUUUAUAGCGACGUAGUUACCGUUAUCGAUGCGAGGGUGCGUUGCGGCUUCAGUUGCUCAGCUGUUUUGAAGAAUCGACGCAGCCUGGCAGCGAUUGUCCGUAGAACAGCGUGGAAUCGCUACUUUCACGUCCAAACGCAAACAGAUGUGGAGUGACUGUCCAAAUUUUUGACAUAUCUCGUCCAGUAUUCUCCGGAAAACGGCGAGUACCGUUUUUUUCCUUUUUUUUCCCAUUGGACUGCCACGGCGCGAUAAAAGGGCACGAUUUACGCGCGGUGUCGGAGGUUAGAAGGAUCGAAAAGGAAAACAAGAAAAUCGCCAUGAGCGAGCUCAGCCAGGAGGAAAUGAGGAGAAGGCGAAUGGCCCGUUUAGUUGGUUUGGACAACAUAUGUUCGGCAACCACCUCUAAUCACAAUGCCGACCCUAUUUCGCCGAGCACGCCGGGUCCAUCGAAGGCAUUUACAGGACAGAUGAUAUCUCCAUCGAAUCAGCAACAGUUUCAGAAUGCAGAGGUAGCGAUGGAAGUGGAAGAAAAUAACGAUAAACAGUCUGUUUCGGGAGUAGACGUGGAUUCCGGGAUUGAGAAUAUGGAAGUGGAGGAAUCGGACAGAAGAGACACAAAAUCGAGAUCUCGUACUACCAGUUCCAGCACAGAGGUGACUAUAGAACAAAUACAUUCUGUUGUUUCUCGGGUGUUGUGCAUAUCGUGGAAAGAACCGGCAGAGGGCACCAUAUUCCUUCCGCAAACGGCAUCGCAAAUAUCCAUGCAGAAACUCGUCGACGCCACAGAGAUUAUCAAUCAGGCACUGAUGGAGAUUUUGUGUAUGUUCACGCGAGGAGAAGAUCCUCUGAAGGAAAUUAAUGCGAAGAUCUCUUCGGAUAGGGAAGAUAGCCCCAACAGUCAAACGAGUCCUUUAUUAAGCCCAGUCGCGACACUUUGUCGUUGUGAUAUUUGUUGUAAUCCGUUUCAGCCUAAGAGUCUCACUUAUUUAUUAGAUUGUUAUUCAAGAGUCGCUGUCGAGGAACGAAAUCACCCAAAGAAAUCCAGUAUCCCGCCACUCUCCGACGUACUAGCUGUUCUGAGAGCACAGUGUGUUCAAUACUCCACUUUGGUGCUACAAGGCCUAGUGGGCAUUUCUCAAUCUUCAACAACACAUCCUUUAUCUGUGACGCUUCUUUUAUGUCCAGUGCUGUCGCAGAGUCUACCUCGAGGCUAUUUACACGAACUUGUGGCAAGGACACACACGAAUCGAAUAGUGUUUAAUAAAAUUUUUACACCGUUGUUGCAAGGCUUGUAUCUGUCUAUGCAAGCUAGUUUGGUGGGAAACGCGCAUCGAAGGCCGAUAGAGGCUUUGGAAGAAUUAAUAGAAAUCCGUUGCGGCCCGACUAGCAAUGUGCGUCCAAUUUGCCGUCUAAUCACUCGUCAGGUCCAAUUCUUGCCAGACAUCAUGACCUCGGCACCUGGCAGAGAAAUCACCAUAACGUCUUUCCUCGGACCAUUCUUGUCGGUGUCCGUUUUCGCCGAAGACCAGCCGAACGUAGCUGAAAAGUUCUUCAGUGGCAACCCGUUCGCCGACAAGUCCAUGAACUUGACGUUGCAGCAAGAAUUGGAGAGCACCAGAACGUCGCUGCAUAAAAUGCUGCACGCGAUUCUCGCGAACAGUAACUGCCGCGACAUCACGUUGGCGUAUUUAGCGACGUUGUUGCUUUACAACGAGAAGCGUGCUCAGAUACAAACGGAGGAGUUCUCCCUUGCCGGCGAUGGAUUCAUGCUGAAUUUACUGUCGGUGUUGCAAAUGCUCUCCGUGAAAAUCAAAUUAGACACCGUGGAUACUCUGUAUCCGUUUCACCCGUCGAGUUUCGUCGAAAUAAAGAAUGACACAAGGCUGAAGCUUUCAUCCCAAGAAGCGGCCGAAUGGGUGAAACACUUGGAGAGGACGCACAGGUGGGCCGAGCCUAAGUUUCCGACGCAAUGUUGGUUUAUCACUCUACACUGUCAUCACAUAGCGUUGCUACCAGCGUUGCAGAAGUAUCAGAGAAAAUUAAGGACUUUGCGUGAUGUGCAGAAAAUGCUAGACGACCUACAGGCAACUGAGCCACAAUGGAAAGACACAUUUUUUGCGGCGCGUAAUAAAGAAUUAAUAAAACGUUACAAAGAACAAUUAAAACAGCUUGGUAAAUCGAAAUCGUGCACCGACGCUGGACUGAUCGACCCUGUCUUAUUGAGGAGGUGCUUGCAUUUUUAUAUUUCCGUAGCGGAAGUUCUGUUAAGUAUAUUGACUGAAACUACACCCGGAAACCCCCUUCCCGACCUUCCUUUACCACAAGAGGUUCCACAAAAGUUCACUGCCCUGCCGGAAUGGUACGUCGAAGAUAUCGCGGAAUUUUUAUUGUUUACCCUUCAAUUUAGUCCUGGCGUGAUAACGAAUAACAUGGACAAUUCGCUCAUUACAUGGUUACUUGUCGUAGUAUGUACUCCACACUGUAUACGGAAUCCGUAUUUAAUAGCAAAAAUUAUCGAAGUACUGUUUGUGAUAAAUCCCAGUAUUCAGGGGCGAACCGAAUCGUUGCACGAUCAAGUUAUGGCGCAUCCCAUAUCGAAAACGCUAUUGGCAUCGUACCUCAUGAAGUUUUAUACCGACGUGGAGACGACUGGUUCUAGUUCCGAGUUUUACGACAAAUUCUCGAUUCGUUAUCAUAUUAGCUUAAUAUUAAAGUCCAUGUGGGACAGUCCGGUGCACAGGGAGUCGAUCAUUAACGAGAGCAAUAACGGCAAGCAAUUCGUCAAAUUCAUUAACAUGUUGAUGAACGACACCACGUUUCUGUUGGACGAAAGCCUGGAGUCGUUGAAGCGUAUACACGAGAUCCAAGAACUGAUGUCCGAUCUGAAAGCAUGGGCAGCUCUGUCGCCCGAACAGCAACAUUCGCGGAUGAGACAAUUGACGGCAGACGAGAGACAAGCAAGAUCCUAUUUGACUCUGGCCAAAGAGACGGUGGCUAUGUUUCAUUAUUUGACGGUGAACAUUACGGAGCCGUUUCUACGGCCGGAGUUGGUCGGAAGAUUAUGUGCCAUGUUGAACUUCAACCUGCAGCAACUGUGCGGCCCGAAGUGCAAGAACUUGAAGGUACGAAAACCACAGAAGUACGGAUGGGAACCGAGAGCUCUGCUUAGCCAGUUGGUCGAUAUAUAUUUGCACCUCGACUGCGACAAUUUUGCAGCUGCCUUGGCUAGCGACGAACGCUCGUUUUGCAAAGAAUUGUUCACGGACGCGGCGAACAGAUUGCAGAGAUCCGUUAUUAAAACCACCACAGAAAUCGAGAGAUUUAUAGCGCUCGCGGAACGCGCUGCAGUGAUCGCUAGAGAUAAUCGUGCCAGGGACGAGGAUUAUGGCGAUGCGCCCGAGGAAUUUCGAGAUCCACUCAUGGAUACUCUUAUGGAAGAACCUGUUAAACUGCCGUCUGGUAUCGUGAUGGAUAAAGCGGUCAUUAUCAGACACCUUCUCAACAGUGCUACAGAUCCAUUCAGUAGACAACCUCUCAGCGAAGAUAUGCUAAUGCCGAUGCCCGAGUUAAAAGAAAGGAUAUCUACAUGGAAACAACAAAAGAAAAAGUCGACAAAUAUAUAAAUUGUGAUUCGAUCGUGGCGUCCGCUUCAUAAAGACAUCACGAUAUUAGCUGAUGUUGUUACUACACGGUACAUCCCGCCAGCCUAUGAAUGAAUUAUUCUCGUGUGGUAAAUGAAUAUAGUGCAAUGAUCUCGCUACUGUGCAAAUAAUUGCGCUCGAUAAAUUUACGGUUUUUAUACAUUAAAAAAAAAAGAAAAGUUAAACAGACUGCAGCUAGGUAACAACUACCAUCAAUCGCUACUCCAA